UGGCAACAAACCAUUUGGCUGGGGCUGCUGCUCCAAAACAAAAAGAAUAACAAAAACAACGCGAUCCUCUCUUCGGCUCCAAAUGUGCGCGCGUGUGUGUGUGUAAAAUAAAUUUGGAGAUUGAAACUGAUAACUUAAAAAAACGAAGUCAGAGGAAGAAAAGUAAAGUAACCGGGAAAUCGGAGAACUCAGCCGCGGCUAUGGCUUUAAGCAAGAUCAUUAAAACAAAAGCUGGCGCCAAAGACGAACAAAACGAACUGGUCGAAUUCGAGCCCAAAGAUGACGAGGAGAGCAACGAGGCCACUGCAGGCAAUUGCGAUACAGAAGCUAUUACCAAAGAAGAGGAGUGGAUAACGAAGCGCAAGACAGAACUCACAACUACCAGACAGAUCGAAACGAGGGUGAAGCGACAAGUUAAGCUGCAGGAUGGCAAGGUGAUCGAGGACUCCGGUCCCAUUGUCUCCACCAACACAACCGAGGACACCGAUAAACAGGAGACGGAAACCACUGAGAAACGCGACCUUGACCUGCCGGAUGACCUCGAUAGCAAUGCCCAGCUGAUCGACGUGGCCGCCCUGCAGGCGGGCGCCCAGAAUGAGACGCAGUUGGCCCAAAUUCAAGAGGUAUUUGGACCGGCGGACGGAGCAGGGAAGCUGGUCAAGCGAAUGGUUCCACGUCCUGCGGAUGGGCUAGUGCCAACGGACGACAAGCGGGUGAUCUCGCACGAGGAGAUCAAGGAUUACCACGAAACGGAGGACGUCAAGCACCACGGCGACUUCACAGAUCAGACCUACGUGAACGCAGUGCGCGACGGAGUUGAGGACCUCGAGGCCGUGCUCUGUUCGCCGGAGAGCCAGCGCCAGUUGGUGCCGCUCGGGCCGAAGGUGGUGGCCAACAGGAGCAAGUCCCGCAAGACGAUCGACUCGGAGGACACGCAGAAGCGCUGUCUGGCCCAGGAGGACGGCACCCUGGUCACCGAGAGCCGACGCACCACCGAGCACGAGCUGAUCGUCGACGACGAGCUCCCCGAUCCCCCCGCCGCCCCUUCCGAUGACCGCGGCCUGCAGCUUCAGGUGGGCGAGCAGGUGACCACCACGGCGGCCAACCAGCGCUUUUUCCGGCAGCGGGACGAGCAGCAUGUGGACGUGCUAGCCAACGGCCGGCUCCACUCCACCGAGAUGCGCUACGCCGCCGAGACCACGCAAAUGGACAAGGACGGCCCCGCCGACCUGGAGCGUCCGGGCGACUGGGACAGCCUCUCCGACCGGAUGCGCAAGCUGCGCCGCUCCCAGCAGCAGCAACAGAAGG